AUGGACGGACGGAGGGAAGAGGGGUCUGAUCCAUGGACGGACGGGGGGAAGAGGGGUCUGAUCCAUGGUCCCCAGUGGGACAGGAAGGGCAGGUGACGAAAGACGAACGAGGAGCAGAGCAGCUCUCCUCAUGAAUCUUCAUUCAGAGCAGCGUGCUCUCAUUCCAUUUUUCUUUCCAUCCCCUUAUCCCUGAGGAACAAAGCCUUAGAGGACAGAUCCUAGAACGGUGAAGGAUUGCAUCACUGCCAAUUGUAUUUUUGGCUUCUUAUAGACUGUAUAUAACCAGACAGAGUAUCCAGUUCUGAUAAUGUCCAUGUCACUUCAUACAUGCCUGCUUGUGUUGUAGGAAUGUGAAUACGUUUGGUUGGAUUGUUUUGGCACGAGGGUGAUGUUACAGUGCCCAUGUUGGAAUGUGUAGUCUUGAUCCUUUUGGUCUGUCCUAAGAGUUCUGAAGCCAAGCUUAUUGCAAGGCUCAAUCUACAGUUGAAGUCGGAAGUUUACAUACACUUAGGUUGGAGUCAUUAAAACUCGUUUUUCAACCACUCCAUAAAUUUCUUGUUAACAAACUAUAGUUUUGGCAAGUCGGUUAGGACAUCUACUUUGUGCAUGACACAAAUAAUUUUCCAACAAUUGUUUACAGACAGAUUAUUUCACUUAUAAUUCACUGUAUCACAAUUCCAGUGGGUCAGAAGUUUACAUACACUUAGGUUGGAGUCAUUAAAACUCGUUUUUCAACCACUCCAUACAUUUCUUGUUAACAAACUAUAGUUUUGGCAAGUCGGUUAGGACAUCUACUUUGUGCAUGACACAAAUAAUUUUCCAACAAUUGUUUACAGACAGAUUAUUUCACUUAUAAUUCACUGUAUCACAAUUCCAGUGGGUCAGAAGUUUACAUACACUAAGUUGACUGUGCCUUUAAACAGCUUUAGAAGCUUCUGAUAGGCUAAUUGACAUCAUUUGAGUCAAUUGGAGGUGUACCUGUGGAUGUAUUUCAACACCUACCUUCAAACUCAUUGCCUCUUUGCUUGACAUCAUGGGAAAAUCAAAAGAAAUCAGCCAAGAGUCUGGUUCAUCCUUGGGAGAAAUUUCCAAACACCUGAAGGUAUCACGUUCUGUACAAACAAUAGUUUGCAAGUAUAAACACCAUGGGACCACGCAGCCGUCAUACCGCUCAGAAAGGAGACGCGUUCUAUCUCCUAGAGAUGAACGUACUUUGGUGCGAAAAGUGCAAAUCAAUCCCAGAACAACAGCAAAGCACCUUGUGAAGAUGCUGGAGGAAACAGGUACAAAAGUAUCUAUAUCUACAGUAAAAUGAAUCCUAUAUUGACAUAACCUGAAAGGCUGCUCAGCAAGGAAGAAGCCACUGCUCCAAAACCGCCAUAAAAAAGCCAGACUACGGUUUGCAACUGCACAUAGGGACAAAGAUCGUACUUUUUGGAGAAAUGUCCUCUGGUCUGAUGAAACAAAAAUAGAACUGUUUGGCCAUAAUGACCAUCGCUAUGUUUGGAGGAAAAAGGGGGUUGCUUGCAAGCCGAAGAACACCAUCCCAACAGUGAAGCACUUGGGUGGCAGCAUCAUGCUGUGGGGGUGCUUUGCUGCAGGAGGGACUGGUGCACUUCACAAAAUAGAUGGAAUCAUGAGGAAGGAAAAUUAUGUGAAUAUAUUGAAGCAACAUCUCAAGACAUCAGUCAAGAAAUUAAAGCUUGGUCGCAAAUGGGUCUUCCAAAAGGACAAUGACCCCAAGCAUACUUCCAAAGUUGUGGCAAAAUGGCUUAAGGACAACAAAGUCAAGGUAUUGGAGUGGCCAUCACAAAGCCCUGACAUCAAUCCUAUAGAACAUUUGUGGGCAUAACUGGAAAGGCGUGUGCGAUCAAUGAGGCCUACAAACCUGACUCAGUUACACCAGCUCUGUCAGGAGGAAUGGGCAAGAAUUCACCCAACUUAUUGUGUGAAGCUUGAGGAAGGCUACCCAAAACGUUUGACCCAAGUUAAAAGUUGUGGAAGGCUACCAAAUACUAAUUGAGUGUAUGUAAACUUCUGACCCACUGGGAAUGUGAUGAAAUAAAUAAAAGCUGAAAUAAAUCAUUCUCUCUACUAUUAUUCUAACAUUUCACAUUCUUAAAAUGAAGUGGUGAUCCUAACUGACCUAAGACAGGGAAUUGUUACUAGGAUUAAAUGUCAGGAAUUGUGAAAAACUGAGUUUAAAUGUAUUUGGCUAAGGUGUAUGUAAACUUCCGACUUCAACUGUAUGUCUGCUGAAUCAAAUCGUAUUCCCGGAAUCAUUUUCACUUCAACGUAUUUCAUUGAGUCAUAUUCACUGAGUCAUAUACAGUGGGGGGAAAAAGUAUUUAGUCAGCCACCAAUUGUGCAAGUUCUCCCACUUAAAAAGAUGAGAGAGGCCUGUCAUUUUCAUCAUAGGUACACGUCAACUAUGACAGACAAAAUGAGAAUUUUUUUUCCAGAAAAUCACAUUGUAGGAUUUUUAAUGAAUUUAUUUGCAAAUUAUGGUGGAAAAUAAGUAUUUGGUCAAUAACAAAAGUUUCUCAAAACUUUGUUAUAUACCCUUUGUUGGCAAUGACACAGGUCAAACGUUUUCUGUAAGUCUUCACAAGGUUUUCACACACUGUUGCUGUUAUUUUGGCCCAUUCCUCCAUUCAGAUCUCCUCUAGAGCAGUGAUGUUUUGGGGCUGUCGCUGGGCAACACGGAAUUUGAACUCCCUCCAAAGAUUUUCUAUGGGGUUGAGAUCUUCAGACUGGCUAGGCCACUCCAGGACCUUGAAAUUCUUCUUACGAAGCCACUCCUUCGUUGCCCGGGCGGUGUGUUUGGGAUCAUUGUCAUCCUGAAAGACCCAGCCACGUUUCAUCUUCAAUGCCCUUGCUGAUGGAAGGAGGUUUUCACUCAAAAUCUCACGAUACAUGGCCCCAUUCAUUCUUUCCUUUACACGGAUCAGUCGUCCUGGUCCCUUUGCAGAAAAACAGCCCCAAAGCAUGAUGUUUACACCCCCAUGCUUCACAUUAGGUAUGGUGUUCUUAGGAUGCAACUCAGCAUUCUUUGUCCUCCAAACACGACGAGUUGAGUUUUUACCAAAAAGUUAUAUUUUGGUUUCAUCUGACCAUAUGACAUUCUCCCAAUCCUCUUCUUGAUCAUCCAAAUGCACUCUAGCAAACUUCAGACGGGCCUGGACAUGUACUGGCUUAAGCAGGGGGACACGUCUGGCACUGCAGGAUUUGAGUCCCUGGCGGCGUAGUGUGUUACUGAUGGUAGGCUUUGUUACUUUGGUCCCAGCUCUCUGCAGAUCAUUCACUAGGUGCCCCUGUGUGGUUCUGGGUUUUUUGCUCACCGUUCUUGUGAUCAUUUUGACCCCACGGGGUGAGAUCUUGUGUGGAGCCCCAGAUCGAGGGAGAUUAUCAGUGGUCUUGUAUGUCUUCCAUUUCCUAAUAAUCGCUCCCACAGUUGAUUUCUUCAAACCAAGCUGCUUACCUAUUGCAGAUUCAGUCUUCCCAGCCUGGUGCAGGUCUCAAGCUGAACCCUGGCAAGACGGAGCUGCUCUUCCUCCCGGGGAAGGACUGCCCGUUCCAUGAUCUCGCCAUCACGGUAGACAACUCCGCUGUGUCCUCCUCCCAGAGUGCGAAGAGCCUAGGCGUGACCCUGGACAACACCCUGUCGUUCUCCGCCAACAUCAAGGCGGUGACCCGCUCCUGCAGGUUCAUGCUCUACAACAUUCGGAGAGUGCGACCCUGCCUUACACAGGAAGCGGCGCAGGUCCUGGUCCAGGCACUUGUCAUUCCCGUCUGGACUACUGCAACUCGCUGUUGGCUGGGCUCCCUGCCUGUGCCAUUAAACCCCUACAACUCAUCCAGAAUGCCGCAGCCCGUCUGGUGUUCAACCUUCCCAAGUUCUCUCACGUCACCCCCCUCCUCCGCACACUCCACUGGCUUCCAAUUGAAGCUCGCAUCCGCUACAAGACCAUGGUGCUUGCCUUUGGAGCAGUGAGGGGAACGGCACCCCUGUACCUUCAGGCUCUGAUCAGUCCCUACACCCAAACGAGGACAUUGCGUUCAUCCACCUCUGGCCUGCUGGCUCCCCUUCCUCUGCGGAAGCACAGCUCCCGCUCAGCCCAGUCAAAACUGUUCGCUGCUCUGGCACCCCAAUGGUGGAACAAGCUCCCUCACGACGCCAGGACAGCGGAGUCACUCACCACCUUCCGGAGACAUUUGAAACCCCACCUCUUUAAGGAAUACCUGGGAUAGGCUAAAGUAUUCCUUCUAACCCCCCCCCCCCCAAAUUGUAAAGUGGUUAUCCCACUGGCUAUAGGGUGAACGCACCAAUUUGUGAGUCGCUCUGGCUAAGAGCGUCUGCUAAAUGACGUUAAUGUGCCUCAAUUUUGUUUCUGGUAGUCCUUUGACAAAUUUGUUUCUGGGUCUUUGACAGCUCUUUGGUCUUGGCCAUAGUGGAGUUUGGAGUGUGACUGUUUGAGGUUGUGGACAGGUGUCUUUUAUACUGAUAACAAGUUCAAACAGGUGCCAUUAAUACAGGUAACGAGUUGAGGACAGAGGAGCCUCUUAAAGAAGAAGUUACAGGUCUGUGAGAGCCAGAAAUCUUGCUUGUUUGUAGGUGACCAAAUACUUAUUUUCCACCAUAAUUUGCAAAUAAAUUCAUUAAAAAUCCUACAAUGUGAUUUUCUGGAAAAAAAAAUCUCCAUUUGUCUGUCAUAGUUGACGUGUACCUAUGAUGAAAAUUACAGGCCUCUCUCAUCUUUUUAAGUGGGAGAACUUGCACAAUUGGUGGCUGACUAAAUACUUUUUUCCCCACUGUAAGUCAGGUAAACUGAGUCCUAUUCCCUAAAUCAAGUAAACUGAGUCAUAUUCCCUAAGUCAGGUAAACUGAGUCAAAUAAGUCAGGUAAACUGAGUCAUAGUCGCUGAGCCCUAUCCACCGUACUAUUGCCAGUAAGCUGUGUCAAAGACGCUCUGGCUGAAUGCUUCAAGCAGUGAGUUCUCACAAACAUUUGCCUCUCAGUUCUUUUACACUCACUCUCUUCCCCCUUCAAUCUGAAACCCUCACCCCAACAUCUCACCCCUAGCACUCAUCAUCGAUCUGAAACCCUCACCCCAACAUCUCACCCCUAGCACUCAUCAUCGAUCUGAAACCCUCACCCCAACAUCUCACCCCUAGCCCUCAUCAUCGAUUUGAAACCCUCACCCCAACAUCUCACCCCUAGCCCUCAUCAUCAAUCUGAAACCCUCACCCCAACAUCUCACCCCUAGCCCUCAUCAUCGAUCUGAAACCCUCACCCCAACAUCUCACCCCUAGCCCUCAUCAUCCACCCUGAUCUCGGUCAAUAGCCUAUCUGGUAGCAGCCUCUCUGUCAAUCUACCUAGAAGUCAGAGGUCAGGGGUCAACCACUCUCUCACAGCAGAAGAAGGGGUAAGGGGUGGCUAGCUGGCUGGAAAAAGGCUGUCAAGAGAGGAGGAGGAGGAGGAGGAGAAGGAGGAUGAUGAUCAGGGAAGGUGAAUACCAGGGGAGAAAUGUAUACUCUGUGCAGCAUAUAAAAGAUUCCCCUCAUUCCUUGAGCCUGAGCGCGGGCCACAGCUGGCAGUGAUUAGUUUAUGAUUCACUUUAGCUGCACAUAGAGGCUGCUUGUAAAAAUAUGAACAGUAUAACUGUUUCCUGAGUUUGUGCUGACAGCACCUCCUGGGGGAGCGCCGCUCUCUGCAGAAACACAUGGCGGCGGUGCUGGGCCUGUGCCAGCGGACGGAUUAACCACGCUCGCCGCUAGUGUGGGGCCGCGCUAAGUGCUAAUGCUAACGCUAUGCAGGGAGAAAAUGUUGGGUCAACACUGCGUUGGUUCAAAUGUUUCUGAGUGUCUUCAGUGGAGAGGUGUGUGGCUCUCUAAGCUCAAGAGGCAGGGGAGAGAGGGUUUUGCUUUUGGCUGAGCUUCAGUAGCUGAAAAAAGACGGGCCUGAGUCCAUGGUUAGUACAUGGAUAGGUUCCAAAUAGAUAAAUAUUAUAUGGUCACACUCUAAAGAACUAUCUUUGACUCAUAUCUCUAUUUUAUCACUUUUCUUUUUUUAAUCCUUUAUUUAACCAGGUAAGUCCCAUUGAGGUAAGAAUAACUUUUUCAAGGGAGCCCUGGCUGUGCCUGUAACCCCCUAGAGUCCAAGCCCUGUCGGGGGAGAGGGGGGUGCUUCUACUAAGCUAUAUGGAAUUGUUUUAAGAAGGUCAUACCAAGGAUCAUUUAGCUAUUUGAUUUUGAAUUUUAAGACCCCUUGAAGUAUCCCAAAAAAAUAUAGAAAAAAUAUUUUGAUGAAGAAAAUGUUUGCGCCUUACUGCUAUUAGCCCGUAAAAACACAUUGAAUAAUAGUUUUGUAGGCCAAACCGUUCGGACGCUACAGACGAUUUUGUGAGAAUACCGAUUUUUGGGAUGUCUCAUGGUCUGACAAACACCGCUCUAGCUGUCACCUUUCAUAGUGUUACAUAGGUGGACAGUGGUGGAAAAAGUACCCAAUUGUCAUACUUAAAAGUAUAGAUACCUUAAUAGAAAGUUACUCAAGUAAAAGUGAAAGUCAGCCAGUAAAAUACUACUUGAGUAAAAGUCUAAAAGUAUUUGGUUUUAAAUAUACUUAAGUAUCAAAAGUAAAUGUAAUUGCUAAAAUAUACUUUCCAAAAGGUAAAGUAAAAGUAUAAAUCACUUAAAAUUCCUUAUAUUAAGCAAAGCAGACGGCAACAGUUUCUUGUUUUGAAAAUGUACGGAUAGCCAGGGGCACACUCCAAAACUCAGAGAUUAUUUACAAAAGAUGCAUUUGUGUUUACUGAGUCCGCCAGGCCAGAGGCAGUAGGGAUGACAAUGUGUUCUCUUGAUAAGUGCAUGAAUUUGACCAUUUUCCUGUCCUGCUAAGCAUUCAAAAUGUAAUGAGUACUUUUGGUUAUCAGGGAAAAUGUAUUGACUAAAAAGUACAAUAUUUUCUUUAGGAAUGUAGUGAAGUAAAAGUAAAAGUAAUCAAAAAUAUAAAUAGUAAAGUAAAGUACAGAUACCCCAAGAAACUACUUAAGUAGUACACCGCGGAUGCGGUGGAUUGAGAUGCAUCCAAUGCCAAAAAACAGCUAGCUUAUCUCAGAUUUGUAUGGGUAUUUUUGUAUUUUGCUAAUUAGAUUUCCGCGGGGGCACGGACAUCAACCUUAGGGGUUAUUCAUCUGUUCCUGUGGAGUGUACAAAGUGUCUACCAGGUAGCGUCUUAGCACCGCGUGGUACUGGCCUUGUCACUGAGCUAGCUCUCUCACAAGGUUAGAGCUACGUCAUCUGUGGGCUCUGCUGCCUCCAGCAACUCUGUCAUCACAUUCACAGAGCUCGUACUACAAACCAUAUGCAUCCAUCCACGGCACAUGGUAACAGAGCAACAGUUUGUGUGUUGGCAUUCCAGAAAUGCAACUGGAAGAGGGUACUAAGUGGCUGUUAAAUAUUUGUGAGGAGAUUAGGCCUCUCGCUUAUGGAGGGGUUUAUAUCUAUCUGAUCUGGACUGUAGUUUAAGAAUGUUAAAGACGUGUGUGUUUGGAGCAGAGAAGAAGACCAAUUUAGUUGAAAUGCACUCAAAAGGCAUGAUAUGAUAUCACCCAGAGCCAGAGUUUUCACUCUUUUGAUACUCAUACUGUAAGCAUAUUCUUCACAUUAUUGACUGUAUUACAAUGUAAUAAAGGGGGCGUUGCAUUAUAGCUCUGACUAUAAGACUGGAUGGAUGGAUGACAUCGAAGUGAUUGUUCCUGUGACAUUAUUUACGGAAGAGGAUGUGGUGUCCUACACGCUUAGAAAAAAGGGUUCCUAAAGGGUUCUUUGGCUGUCCCCAUAGGAAAACCCUUUCUGGUUCCACGUAGAACCCUCUGUGGAAAGGGACCUACAUGGAAGCAAAAAGGGUUCUACCUAGAACCAAAAAGGGUUAUUCAAAGGGUUCUCCUAUGGGGACAGUAGCUGAAGAACCCUUUUAGGUUCUAGAUACCACCCUUUUUUCUAAGAGUGCAUUGACAAUCUGAUUUCAUAACGCUUCAUAACGAAGUUCACCGAAACCCACCCAAUUCCAUGAUUUGUUUUUCACGUUGAUUGCAGGUUUUUCCAACGUCCUAGCAGCGUAGCUACAGAUGCCUUAUCUUAAUUUGAUCAUCCUGUUGUUGCAGGAAUUUUCCUGCACAGCAGGAAAUGCAAACUUGUAGUGUAUUCCAGGUUUAAAAAGGCUUCUAAAGUUUGUAAUUUCCACUUUAACAUUUCAGAUCUGAUUUGCCCUAAUGAAAAAUGUAUCAACCGCUACAAAACAUUUCCAUGAAUUAUAAUCUGCAUAAUACAGUGAGGGAAAAUGGUAUUUGAUCCCCUGCUGAUUUUGUACGUUUGCCCACUGACAAAGAAAUGAUCAGUCUAUAGUUUUAAUGGUAGGUUUAUUUGAACAGUGAGAGACAGAAUAACAACAACAAAAUCCAGAAAAACGCAUGUCAAAAAUGUUAUAAAUUGAUUUGCAUUUUAAUGAGGGAAAUAAGUAUUUGACCCCUCUGUAAAACAUGACUUAGUACUUGGUGGCAAAACCCUUGUUGGGGGUCAGACGUUUCUUGUAGUUGGCCACCAGGUUUGCACACAUCUCAGGAGGAAUUUUGUCCCACUCCUCUUUGCAGAUCUUCUCCAAGUCAUUAAGGUUUCGAGGCUGACGUAUGGCAACUCGAAUCUUCAGCUCCCUCCACAGAUUUUCUAUGGGAUUAAGGUCUGGAGACUGGCUAGGCCACUCCAGGACCUUAAUGUGCUUCUUCUUGAGCCACUCCUUUGUUGCCUUGGCUGUGUGUUUUGGGUCAUUGUCAUGCUGGAAUACCCAUCCACGAUCUGAAUGAUUCAGAGGAGAACUGGGUGAAAGUUGUGGUCAGAUGAGACCAAAAUGGAGCUCUUUGGCAUCAACUCAACUCGCCGUGUUUGGAGGAGGAGGAAUGCUGCCUAUGACCCCAAGAACACCAUCCCCACCGUCAAACAUGGAGGUGGAAACAUUAUGCUUUGGGGGUAUUUUUCUGCUUGGGGAUAGGACAACUUCACCGCAUCAAAGGGACGAUGGACAGGGCCAUGUACUGUCAAAUCUUGGGUGAGAACCUCCUUCCCUCAGCCAGGGCAUUGAAAAUGGGUCGUGGGUGGGUAUUCCAGCAUGACAAUGACCCAAAACACACAGCCAAGGCAACAAAGGAGUGGCUCAAGAAGAAGCACAUUAAGGUCCUGGAGUGGCCUAGCCAGUCUCCAGACCUUAAUCCCAUAGAAAAUCUGUGGAGGGAGCUGAAGAUUCGAGUUGCCAAACGUCAGCCUCGAAACCUUAAUGACUUGGAGAAGAUCUGCAAAGAGGAGUGGUACAAAAUCCCUCCUGAGAUGUGUGCAAACCUGGUGGCCAACUACAAGAAACGUCUGACCUCUGUGAUUGCCAACAAGGGUUUUGCCACCAAGUACUAAGUCAUGUUUUACAGAGGGGUCAAAUACUUAUUUCCCUCAUUAAAAUGCAAAUCAAUUUAUAACAUUUUUGACAUGCGUUUUUCUGGAUUUUUUUGUUGUUAUUCUGUCUCUCACUGUUCAAAUAAACCUACCAUUAAAAUUAUAGACUGAUCAUUUCUUUGUCAGUGGGCAAACGUACAAAAUCAGCAGGGGAUCAAAUACUUUUUUUCCCCUCACUGUUAUUCAUAUUUCCUGUAGCUCCAGGAUUAUUUUCCUGCUGUAGCAAACUGCCUCAAAUUAAGAUCCUACAUCUGUAUGGUUCUAAUUGGAAAGGUUGGAAAAACAUCCCAUCUGUUAGUUAUAACUCUGAAUAAAAAGCAAUUCACUUGUUGUUGUUUUUCUUUCCUCUCUGAAAAUUGGUGCGCUCAAUGCAAAGUGUGACUCUUUGAAGUGUGCCCUGAAGAACAAUACACUCCACAGAUCUUUUGGGUAUUGGCACAGUCUCGUCUAGUUGGAGCUAUUCUGCUUAACAUUUAUAAAGAUUUGUUUGUACACAUCUGUGUCUAAUACCACCAGGGACGAAGCUUAAUUUAUUUAAUCUAAAUCCAGAAAGCCUUGGUUGUUGCUCGCCCGCCCCGAGCCGUUAGGGUACGCUAUGUCACAAACAUGUCAUGCUCAAAUGCCUUGUCUAAAAUAUUGCAAAAUGUAAACACGAAUAGGCUUUCUCCUCCGAGGCCACAAGGCACGGGGGGGCUUUCAGUCGAAUGCAUGCUCUGGUGUUUGUUGACUUUAGAUCAUAAUAUGUGGUAGAUGGAGGAUUGUGGGAAGUUUCCAUUCACUGACUACAUACUGUACAACAUACUAUUAGGGCCGUUCGAAAUCCUUUAACUGCUCCAGUGUGUUGGUUAGAUAAUAUGCUGCGUAGUACAUAGCACUUUGAUCAAGCAAGACGUUUGAUAAAGAUAAUGAACAAACAUGACUUUAAUUAGUUAAAGCGUCAAAAUACAAAACAAAACACGACUCGUGACGUCCACGGUAUCAAUGACCGAACACGGAACAAAAACCCACAAACCCAAAGGGAAAAACAUACAGUUUAAAUAUGGCUCCCAAUCAGAGACAACCAGCCAACAGCUGACACUCGUUGCCUCUGAUUGGGAGUCACACAGGCAAACAUAGAAAUCAACAAACUAGAACCCCCAACAUAGAAAUACACACAUAGAAAUGAACACACCCUGGCUCAACAUAAUGAGUCCCAGAGCCAGGGUGUGACAGUACCCCCCCCUAAAGGCGCGGACUGCGACCGCGCCUCAACUAAACAAACCAGGGGAGGGCUGGGCGGGCAUACCUCCUCGGCGGCGGUUCUGGCUCCGGCCUUGACCACCACCCUCCAAUACACCCCCCAUAGUACCCCUGGUCCAGUCUGGCCCCGCCGGCUGGAGCAGGACUGGACUUAACAGGAGCGAUCCUAACCAGGCUGUCGACUCGCACCCCUGGCUUGGUGCGUGGAGGAGGAACGGGCCUUACCAGGCUGACGACGCGCACCCCUGGCUUGAUGCGUGGAGGAGGAACGGGCCUUACCAGGCUGACGACUCGCACCCCUGGCUUGGUGCGUGGAGAAGGAACGGGCCUUACCAGGCUGACUUCUCGCACCCCUGGCUUAGUGCGAGUGGCAGGAACAGGCCGGACCGGGCUGGCGACGCGCACCGUAGGUUUGGUGCGAGUGGCAGGAACAGGCCGGGUCGGGCUGGCGAUGCGCACCGUAGACUUGGUGCGGGUGACAGGAACAGGCCGGGUCGGGCUGGCGACGCGCACCGUAGACUUGGUGCGGGUGGCAGGAACAGGCCGGACCGGGCUGUCGACGCACACCGUAGGCUUGGUGCGUGGAGCAGGAACAGGCCGGGCUGGGCUGUCGACGCACACCGUAGGCCUGGUGCGUGGAGCAGGGACAGGCCGGACUGGGCUGGCGACGCACACCGUAGGCUUGGUGCGUAGAGCAGGGACAGGCCGGGCUGGGCUGGCGACGCACACCGUAGGCUUGGUGCGUGGAGCAGGGACAGGCCGGACUGGGCUGGCGACGCACACCGUAGGUUUAGUGCGUGGAGCAGGGACAGGCCGGGCUGGGCUGUCGACGCACACCGUAGGCUUGGUGCGUAGAGCAGGGACAGGCCGGGCUGGGCUGUCGACGCACACCGUAGGCUUGGUGCGUGGAGCAGGGACAGGCCGGACUGGGCUGGCGACGCACACCGUAGGUUUAGUGCGUGGAGCAGGGACAGGCCGGGCUGGGCUGUCGACGCACACCGUAGGCUUGGUGCGUGGAGCAGGGACAGGCCGAACCGGGCUGUGGAGACGGAUAGGAGGCCUGGAGUGAAGAGCGGCCACCACCCGUCCUGGCUGAAUGCCUACCCUCACACACUCUGUGUGAGGCAUCCGCACAGGACAUACAGGGCGGUGUACCCCUGGCCUGGUGGCCUUCUGGAUCCGCCCCCUUUUCUCCUCCGUCAGCCCCGUCGUCCAUGCCGUGUGCCCCCCCCUAAAAAUUUUCUGGGGUUGCCUCACGACCGUCCGACGACGACCCUGAUCACGCCGUAGCUCCUCUCUACGGCGCGCCUCCACCGUCUCUUCUCCCGGCGCUUCCUCCCAUGUCCAGCCCAAGAGCUGCCCCUGGACACGCUGAUUGGUCGUUGCAUGGUGGGUUUUUCUGUCAAGGUCGAGGUAAGGAGUAGACCAAGGCGCAGCGUGAUGAACAAACAUGACUUUAAUUAGUUAAAGCGUCAAAAUACAAAACAAAACACGACUCGUGACGUCCACGGUAUCAAUGACCGAACACGGAACAAAAACCCACAAACCCAAAGGGAAAAACAUACCGUUUAAAUAUGGCUCCCAAUCAGAGACAACCAGCCAACAGCUGACACUCGUUGCCUCUGAUUGGGAGUCACACAGGCAAACAUAGAAAUCAACAAACUAGAACCCCCAACAUAGAAAUACACACAUAGAAAUGAACACACCCUGGCUCAACAUAAUGAGUCCCAGAGCCAGGGUGUGACAAUAAUCAUACGACACCACAGAUGUCAGAGUGUAUAAAUAGGAAAUCAAUGUAUUUAUGCACUUGAGCAUCUGAUUAUUUCAAAAUGAGAAAUUAGACAAUUGAUUCACUCUCUCUCUUUCUCUCUCUCUCUGUCCUCCAGGGUGUCAGGUCCUCUCCUCUCCCCAGGGAUGAAGGGUACAGGCACUUCCCCUCCUCAGGAGAAGCAGCAGAACCUCCACCCCCACCACAAGCCCUACUCUCACUACCACCACCAGGCUGCCAGCGACGGUAAGACCAGACCAACACAGUCUCGCCUCUCUCAACCCAAGCUAACCAACAGGCCAAUUUAGUGGCUGGAACCCUCAGAGCAUUGGUUGAAUAUAGAAAUGUACACACUGAGUGUACAAAACAUUAGGAACACCUUCCUAAUAUUGAGUUGCACCCCCUUUUGCCCUCAGAACAGCCUCAAUUCCUUGGGGCAUGGACUCUACAAGGUGUCGAAAGCGUUCCACAGGGAUGCUGGACCAUGUUGACUCCAAUGAUUCCCACAGUUGUGUCAUGUUGGCUGGAUGUCCUUUGGGUGGUGGACCAUUCUUGAUACACACGGGAAACUGUUGAGCGUGAAAAACCCAACAGCAUUGCUGUUCCUGACACAAACUGGUGCGCCUUGGCACCUACUACCAUACCCCGUUCAAAGGCACUUAAAUAUUUUGUCUUGCCCAUUCACCCUCUGAAUGGCACAAAUACACAAUCUAUGUCUUAAUUGUCUAAAGGCUUAAAAAUCGUUCUUUAAACUGUCUCCUCCCCUUCAUCUAUGCUGAUUUAAGUGGAUUUAACAAGUGACAUCAAUAAGGGAUCAUAGUUUUCACCUGGUCAGUCUAUGUCAUGGAAAGAGCAGGUGUUCCUAAUGUUUUGUACACUCAGUAUAUUACACAACUGACUCAACUUUCUCUCAUAUAGGAUAGAUAAUGCAGAAGUUCUAUGUAAUAGAUUUCUAUCUGCAACUCUCUGAACACCCCACUUUUAUGGAACUGACAACUUUAUUUUGUGUGGAAUAGAGAAAAGCAUCAAAUACAUUUCUAACUGCACCGUUUAAAACAUUCCAUUCCAUUGAAUUGGCCUUGGCCUAUGCCUCACACUUUACCAACAUAUGAACAUGAAAGGACACAAGGGGAGGAAGCCGUGUCGGAGAAUUGGGACGCGUUCCGUGGAUCUGUUAGAGCGUUUAGCGUUGAGCAGAGAGAGAAGAUUGCAGUCAGAGAGACAGAGCAGGAGAAACCACAGGCAUGAACCUCCUCUGCUCUGAAUUAGCCAACAAAACGCUGCCUUCUGUAGUCAGCUGUCUCUCGCUCUCUAAGGCUGCUCCACUAAGGCUGCUCUAGCUAGCUGUCACUGCAGACCCACUCCCUAAUGCCUUAAACACAGCUUUCCCUGUUAAAGAUCUACGCGUGGAUGUCUCUGAAACCACGCUGUGGUCGGGGAGUUGCGUAAAGUGCUCCAGAAAAGGCUGCUUUCACAUUAUCAUGACUCCCGUACUUGAGUACAAAAAUAGAAGGGGGACAAUUGACAAAUGCUAACACGGAGGAACUGGAAGAGUUAGCGCACUAACACAAAUGUAGCGUUAUAAUAGCUCGAAGCCACACAAUGUUUCAAGUUGAUGUAUGGAAUCACUUUACAAACACAAUAAUCAUCCGUAUUGUUUGGUCACAAGGAAUUCCCCCUUCAGACACUUUUAUUUCCCUUUCCCUUCCCCUCUUGACCCGAUAGAAAUAGAAUGACUAAAAUGGGUAUUCCCACUGGACCCAAGUCUAUAGGUCCAGAGGCCAUAUUGAGCGUUCCCACAAGGGUUCCAGUUAAAUUGCAGUGGUGUUAGGGGCUUUGUACAUUCUAGUUAUUCUGUGCUUGACCCUCUCCUCCCCUCUCUCUGUAGAUUACCAGGGCAGCUUUCAGAGCUGCUUCCAUUUUGGAGACUCCUACAGAAUGGAACAGUCUGUGAGUGGUGUUCAUGUACCAGCUGACUCACAUGGCUACACUUCUCACCAGCACAACGGCUUCCACAUGUCCAGCACCAGCAGUGGCUCUGCUGCAGGUGAGACCUGGCAUAGAUCAUCUCAACUUCCUCCUUCUCCUCCUCUAACAUUUCAUUUGUUUCCCUGUCAUUUCUUUCAGCGUUUUGUCUUUCCCCCUCCUUGUUCAUUGAAUGAGAAGUGUGUGUGUGUGCUUUAAGCAAUAAUUUAAUUAUUUAUAUAUGUUGAUCAAGCCAACUAUUCCCCACACACUAAACAGUGUAGUAUCAAAUUUGAUUGUGUUUCUAAUUCAGUGGUCUCCUCCCCCAGGCUUCAGCUUGGCACAGGACCUCCAGGGAUCAGGGGAGUGCCAGUUCUCCUCCAGCCCAGAGGAGAGCAUCUUCUUCCAGGUGAACAGCUUCGACCGCAGCCUGAGCCAGAUGUCCUCUGUCUACACAGAGACAUAG